CUGCGCCCGCUCGUGCCCAGAGCGGACCUUUGGUCAAAGGGCGGCGCGCCAGCAGCAGGCUGGGCGGCUCGCUCCUCCGCGGUCCUGCCGGAGGCGUCUCCCAGGCUCGCCACAUCCUGGCUCUGCCGAGCCCUGCUCUGGCUGCCCGAGGGGACGCGGAUGGAGUCCAUUUUAAGAGAAGAUCCAAAUUGGCCUGUGCCUAAACCAGGACCUUUUGGUGCCAUGACAUCAGAAACUGAAGAAUCUGAUGUUGUGAAUGGACUAGCACUGAAUAUAAACCAACAUGAGAAAGAUCAGGAGUCCAGCAAAAUCUGUACUGGAAAAGGAGCUGUGACCCUUUGGGCAUCUCCAGCUUCUGAGAAGAGUCUCAGGGUUAGCCAUCCAAAGUCUACACAAGACAUCCAGCACACCAAAAUUCAUUCAGCCGAACAGCAAGGAGAAACCAGCACAGAUGGCUGGAGAAGACUUCCUGGUGUUGACUCAAAUAGGGAGAUUCUGUCUGUGAAGGAUUACUGGAGUGUGAGACCAAACCUCUCUGAGAGCAAGCCACACGCUGCCAUUUCCUCUCCUACCAUCUCAGUUCAAACUGAGAUUAUAACAGGGCCUUUCCAACAGAUUCAGCCAGGCAGAGAAGAAUCCAGCCCAAGCACAUCACCAGCACCUCUCCGCCAUUUUGACCAAGGUUUAGCAAUUUCAAACAACGUGUCUUCUGGUUUCCUUCUGGCCCUUCCAACGCUAGAUGAUUUUAUUCCCCCUCACCUCCAGAAAAUUUCCAACCACCAGCACCCAUUGUUUUCACCUCAGUCUGCACUACACACUCAUGCAAAACUACCUUCACUCUCAUCACCACCUCCUCUACUGAUCCCUCCAGCCACAGAAACCUCAAGCAGCAUUUUGGAGACUGAAAGCACAGGAAUGGUCUUUCAAACAGAGAGCUGCCCCCAGCCACAUGAAGCUUCUAAGCCCAGUGGUGGCCCUGCUGUCUCAAUGACAAUCAACAAAUCUUUGGGUGUUUACCCUUCCACCACAGCUGUCAACCCUACAAUUGUCCUUCUGCAGCAUAACAGAGCAGAGCAGCAAAAAAGGUUUAGUAGCCUUGCAGAUCCAGUGCCUGAUCCACCAGUUGUUGAUAAAGUAGUUGGUAUAUCUCUUCAACAAAAGUUAAAUCCAAGCAAGGAAGAUGCAGUAGAGGAACAGAAGAGAAUUGUUAAUAAUUCUCAGCAUAUGGCUGAUGAUUCUCUGGAUUCCAUAGGCAUUCCACUAAGAAAUUCAGAGCGAUCCAAGGACUGGUACAAGAUAAUGUUCAAACAAAUCCACAGAUUGACAAAAGACCCUCCUGAAGAAAACCCUUAUUGCCCUACCUACAUAUUCCCUGAGCUUCCUGCUUUUCAAGCCAAAAGCAAAGAACAAAAUCCUUAUUCUCCUACUUACCAGUUUCCUGUGUCUACUCCUAGCCCUAGAUCUGAAGAUGAAGAUUCUGAUUCAUAUUUUCCACAGGACUCCUUUGGCAAAGAAGUAACAGCACAAACUUCAGUGCCCCGCUCCAAGAGUGAGAAUUAUACCAUCAACACAGACAAGAUAAUGAAGAGAUCAGCCACCUUGCCAUUGCCCACUCGUUCUUCAUCUUUUAAAUCGAACUCUGAGAGGAAUGAUUGGGAGCCUCCAGACAAAAAAAUAGACUCGAGGAAGCACUGGGCUGAACCUAAAAGCAUUUAUGAAUAUCGUCCAGGGAUGUCCUCAGUUCUGGACAACGAAACAUUGGCAAUGCCUCGGGAUAUAAGCCCAGAAGAGAUAGAUUUAAAGAAUGAGCCUUGGUAUAAAUUCUUUUCGGAAUUGGAGUUUGGGAAACCGCCUCCAAAAAAGAUAUGGGAUUAUACUCCUGGAGAUUGCUCUAUCCUUACUAGAGAGGAUAGAAAGGUUGAUCCAGGAAAAAACCACUGCCUCUAUCAUACUGAAUUAGAUGCAGAUAUAGAUAAAAUGGAGAAGCUUUAUCAAGCCCCAGAUCAAAAGCAACUGAAGAAUGCAGCAAGCUCUCCACCACUGGAAACCCUUUCAGAGCAUAUGUCUCCCUACCGUCCUGUAAAAAGAGAGUUGGAAACAGAAUUUGGACAUUCCACAGGGCUGGGAAAUGAAAGGCAGAUUUAUAAAAGUGUUUUGGAAGGAGGAGAUAUCCCAUUGCAAGGGUUGAGUGGCUUGAAGCGUCCAUCCAGUUCAGCAUCCACAAAAGUAGAUUCAGAAUCACCAAGACAUUUUGCAACACUCGAUUAUAUAGAGAGUCCUGAAGAAAUAUUCCAAAAGCGCAGCAGUGAUAAAGAGAAACUUUUAGAGGACCAGAGACGACUUAAACGUGAGCAAGAAGAGGCUGAUAUUGCAGCCAGAAGGCACACAGGGGUCAUUCCUACGCACCAUCAGUUUAUCACUAAUGAGCGCUUUGGGGACCUUCUAAUUAGAGACGAUACAAUCAAAAGGAAAUCUGGGUCAGAGAUGAGAGCUGCCAGAGUGAAGUUUGACUUUAAAGCCCAGACAUUAAAGGAACUCCCAUUACAGAAAGGUGAUAUUGUUUACAUUUACAAGCAGGUUGAUCAGAACUGGUAUGAAGGCGAACAUCAUGGCCGAGUGGGCAUCUUCCCACUAUCUUACAUAGAGUUACUUAACCCAACAGAAAAAAUCCAAACUAAAAAAACAUCACCACUGCAAAUCUUGGAAUAUGGAAAUGCAAUUGCUAAAUUCAGUUUCAGUGGAGAUACUGCUGUGGAAAUGUCCUUCAGGAAGGGAGAAAGAAUCACACUGAUUCGACAAGUAGAUGAGAACUGGUAUGAAGGGAAAAUCCUUGGCACCCAUCGCCAAGGCAUCUUCCCUGGCUCUUAUGUGGACAUACUUAAGCAACCAGUGCUGAAAGACACAUCAGACUAUGUUUACCGACCGCCAAAUUGCAGCGUGGCUUCUCCACAGCCUUCACUGAGGUCAGGACCCGAACUCACAGAAUCGGAAAAGAACUAUGUGGAAGUGGUUUGCAAUGAGAUCUUAAACAUUGCUGAAAAAUCUGUUCAUUACUGCAGCACUCUUUCUCAGCCUGUCUUUUGUCAUAAGGGGCCGUUUAGUGACAAUAAAUCAUCUUUCAUCAUUUCUCAGCAACCACAAGUCCUGCCAUUAGAAACUGGCCUGGACCGGAGUCAUGCCACACGAGAAAUGUUUACCUAUCGAGCACUUUAUAGCUACAUCCCACAGAAUGAUGAUGAACUGGAGUUAAGAGAUGGAGAUGUCAUAGAUGUUAUGGAAAAGUGUGAUGAUGGCUGGUUUGUUGGCACAUCAAGGAGAACCCAACAGUUUGGGACUUUCCCAGGAAACUAUGUGAAACUACUAUCCCUUUAGAAGCUAUGGGCAACCUCUUCAUUUCAUCUGGAGGAGGACCUUUUAAAAACAAUCCUUGGGAAAGAGAAGUUUUGAAUGGAAUAGUCAAGACAGUAGGAGUGCACAUGGAACGUGGUGAAAUGCUGGAGUUAUGCUGCAAACUUCUUGCUUCCUCUGAACGUGUAUGGAGGAGAGGAGACAGGAUGAUAAGCUGUGUUUGUUUCUGUUUUUAUUCAGCUACAGGAAAAUAACAGAAGAAAACAAAACAGGGUUUCUGCUGGACAGAUGAAGAAAAGGAAAGAGAUUGCCAGGAGCAGAGGGUGUAGACUGCUUAAACAUCCUGCAGCUUUUGUUUGCUCUUUAUAGGAAAGGCCAAGUUGUCAGCAUUCAUGGAGCUCCUCCUCUCCUAAGGACAUAAAUCCCAGAAAGAAUUGUAGUCCAGAAACAUCUGGAAGGUUAGGCCUGCCCACACUUGUUCUAGUGCUUGACAGAUUCCAGACUGAAUGGUUGGAACAAAGGAAGAUGGAAUAGAUGUUCUGCCAUAUUCUAUUUGGAUUUAUUCUGCAAAUAUUCCUGAACGUGCCUUUCUAGAACUGAUAAUCUAUGUAAUUUCUGGCUGCAUCUUUUU